AUGACGUUCCCCAACGCCAGCGGCAACGCCAGCGGCAACGCCAGCGGCGAGGGCGCCGUCUUCCAGCCCUUGUCCCUGUUCAGUGUGCUGACGCUCACCCUGCUGGCCAUGCUGGUGGUGGCCACCUUCGUGUGGAACCUGCUGGUGCUGGUGACCAUCCUGCGGGUGCGCACCUUCCACCGCGUGCCCCACAACCUGGUGGCCUCCAUGGCCAUCUCCGACGUGAUGGUGGCGGCCCUGGUGAUGCCGCUGAGCCUGGUCCACGAGCUCAACGGGCGCCUGUGGAAGCUGGGCCGCGUGCUGUGCCAGGUGUGGAUCUCCUUCGACGUGCUCUGCUGCACGGCCAGCAUCUGGAACGUGACGGCCAUCGCGCUGGACCGCUACUGGUCCAUCACCAGACACCUGGAGUACACGCUGAAGACGCGCAAGAAGAUCUCCAACGUGAUGAUCGCCCUCACCUGGCUGCUGUCGUCCAUCAUCUCCUUGUCGCCGCUCUUCGGCUGGGGCGAGACCUACUCCGAGGGCAUGAAGUGCCAGGUGAGCCAGGAGCCGUCCUACACCAUCUUCUCCACCUUCGGGGCCUUCUACCUGCCGCUCUGCGUGGUGCUCUUCGUCUACUGGAAAAUAUACAAGGCGGCCAAGUUCCGGAUCGGCUCCCGCAAGAGCAACACCAUCACACCCAUGGCAGAGGUGAAGGAGGACGCUCAGCGGCCUCAGAUGGUGUUCACCGUGCGCCACGCCACCGUCACCUUCCAGACGGACGGCGACACGUGGCGCGAGCAGAAGGAGAAGAAGGCUGCGCUCAUGGUGGGCAUCCUGAUCGGCGUCUUCGUGCUCUGCUGGAUCCCGUUCUUCAUCACCGAGCUCAUCGUCCCGCUCUGCUCCUGCGACAUCCCGCCCAUCUGGAAGAGCAUCUUCCUGUGGCUGGGCUACUCCAACUCCUUCUUCAACCCGCUCAUCUACACCGCCUUCAACAAGAACUACAACAACGCCCUGAGGAACCUCUUCUCCAGGCAGCGCUGACUGCCAACCGGAUCUUCCUCCCGUGCACAAACUCCCAGCAGGGUGUCGUCUUCAAAGAGGGCCAGUAAAUGAGUUCCUUCAGGAGACGUGCGUUCCGACUCCCCUGCUCAUCCUCAAGCAUGCGUGCAGCUGCCGGGGAAGUUGUUGCAAACAUUUUCCGAUGAAAGUGGGCGAGUGUUUAAAAGGACGGAACGAAUUGAAGCGGCAAACUACCGAGGGAGUCGUUAGUGUACCAGCUAAUGUUCGUUAUGUGUACAGCAUCAGGGUCGAGACGGAGUCUGACUGCUGCGACAGAUGGCUGACAAAAUGAAGGAAACUCCAAGGUUAAAACAGAACAAAGGCUGUUGAAAUUCAGUACAAUCCUCUGUCAAAAAGGUACGGUGUUCGAAUCCUCCACCAAUCUUAAAGGGGAGCUGCAUUUUUUUUUUCUUCCAAUUUUGUCUACCGUUCACAAUCCUUAAGAGCAACAAGAACACAUGUGGUUUUUGUUAUUUUGCACUACAGCUGGGCCGAUAACACGAUAGUACAGGCCAAAAGUUUAGACACACCUUCUCAUUUCAAUGCGUUUUCUAUAUUUUCAUGACUAUUUACAUUGUGGAUCAGAGGUCCCCCAAUCUUUUUGACCCGGGGGCCGCAUUGGGUUAAAAAAAAUUUGG